UACAACGGUAUUGGACUUUCCACUGCCAGGGGGUCAGGGACUAAUGGGUACAUCCAGAAAAACACCACCAGGGUCUCUGAAUCAAAGUACAAGAGACGUCAGGAGAAUAAAAGACAAAGCGAGAAAGUGGCAAAGCUUGUAACUGUUAAGGAUAAGUCCCUUGUGGAUAGAGAAAGAAGGAGGGAAAUUGAACUCCGCGUCAGUGAACUGAGAGAUGAACUAGAAGAUCAGGACAUGGAUGGCGAACUUAUUGAUGAAAAAUGUGAUCAACUUCGACAAGAGUUGCUA